AUGUACCCUAACCGUUUCUCCGGCGGCCACCAACCGCCAGGCUUGCCUCCUCCAUCAACUGCCUCAAACCCUAACCCGUUCUUCCAAGCAGGCCACAACUUCCAUCCCCCAAAUGCUUCCUGGCCUUUCCCGUUCCAAAACUAUCCCUCUUUCGCUCCUCCGCCGCAAAACCCCUAUGGCUUCCCUCCUCCGCCGCAAAACCCCCAUGGCUUAGCUCCUCCGCCGAUAAACCCUCCUGGAUGUGAUCCUUCAUCGCAAAACCAUCCCGGCUUUACUCCACGGUCGCAAAACCCGUCUGGCUCCGCUCCCCCAUCGCAAAACCUGCCUGGCUCCACUUCUCGGCCGCAAAUCCAGCUAGCCUCUGCUCCUCUGCAGCAAAAUCCCAAACAGGCUAUAGGCAUGGCUGACAAUGCUUCCUCCAAGGCCUGCCGUGACCUUCUUGCUGCCGGACACUCUGUUUCCGCGUGGGAAGUGUCUCAGAAAGCUCUCUUGACACUUCAAGUUGAUUCAUUGAAUUCUAUGGGCAUCAAAAUGCAGCAGGUUCCCACACUUCACCGCCUUAUGCUCACUGAAGGAAAGGUGAAUGCUUUUAUCCAUUGCUUUGUUGGGGUUCGGAGGAUCACUUCUUUGUAUGAUUUGGAAGUGGCGAUAUGCAAUAACGAGGGUGUUGGUGGCUUUGAAGAGCUUGGGUUAGGGCCUUUUUUGCGCCACCCUUUAGUUAUUCAUUAUUUUUCCAUUCGUUCCGAUGUCACAGAAGUGUUUAAGAUAACCAGCGAGGAGAUAAUUCAGUUUUUAGGCAAAUUUUUAGACGUUUCUAAAGCUAAAGCAAUCAUCGGAGUUGAAGAAUUUCUCGAGUUUAUUGCCACCAAGCGAUCUGUUGAACGCAGGGAAUUGCUUGGGAUUCGAAUUCAAAACUUGGGAAUGCACAUAACUGCCAUAAGGGAAGCUAAAAAAGCAGAGGAAUCUACACUAGAGAAAUGCUUGAAGACAUUAAGAUCAAAAAGUGACAAGUUUAUGAAUCGUCUUAUUUCUUCUUCUCAGAAAAAGGAGUUAGAUGAACGUUUUAGCACCAUUGCUCAGCGUGUAGAGUCAUUUUCUUCUGUUGAAAAAUCUUUUCGUGGCAAGCAUGUUAGAUUCUCAUCGUCAAGCUCAGAAGAUGAAGUUAGUGAUUAUUCUACAGAUAAUGAUCAGAAUGAUAAUAUUAUUACGAGCAGUUGGUCCAAUCCAUCAUCAAAAUUUGGCAAAAGUUCAGAACGAAUGAGUAGCUGUCCCUACCCAUCUGCAACCGAAGAGAUGGCACGCCUUGUGGUGAAGAGUGAUAAGCAGGGAGACUCCCUUUCUAAUAGCAGCCUUAGAAAGGGAUUUAGUGAGCCCCCUAGUAAAAAAAGAAAAACUGAAAAUGAUACUUCUAACAAACUUUUUAAGCUUCUUAACUUUAAGUAUAAAAAAGUUGAUCCAACCCCAACCGUAAAUGUUAACGCAACCAAGGUAUCAAAAAAUAUGGACAAGUAUCUUUCAAUCACUGAUGAUUCUUUGCAGAUGUUUGUCACAACCUGGAAGGAAGCGUGUUUGGAACACAAGGUUGCUGAGGUUUUGGAGAGGAUGCUUCAAUUCUAUGGAGUAAAACCCCGGGAAAAGAACAAAAUCCGAAAGUUGCUCAUGUCAUACCCCUUCUUAGUUGGGUUAUUAAAUGCUGCUGUUUCUGCUAUCAAAUCUGGAAUGUGGAAUAGCAUCUAUGAUACCUUCCAAGUCUUCAACCAUAGUGAACUAACUAACUCCCCGACCAAAAGUUCUGAAUACGAGACCUUAGAUAUUGAACCCAGCCUGGAAAAUGUACCACUGGCAGCAAAGGAUAAUGCAGAGAAUACAAAUUGCAUUUCUGCUGAAGAUGUCGUCAGAAAAAUUGGAAUGUAUUUUGACCUUAAUAAUGAAGUAUAUAGAAAUAGUGACUCACAGGUGAAGUAUAAAAUAAUGUUUUUGAGAAAGUUUUGCAACUGUGAAAGUUGGUUAGCUGAACAGUUUGGUGUGAAGAACUUCAACUCUCUUGGUCAUGGGGAUCUCUUAUCAUUUCUUGAGAAUAGCAUUGACCAGCUGCCUCGUGAGCUGAUCAAAUUAUUGGGCGGUGGCAUGUGCGAGAAUUCCUCCUUCAAGGCCUGCAUGUCCUCAAAUGAGUUGGUUGCUUUACUAUCUCAGGCUAUUAGUAGUUUGUGGGAGAAUGAAACAGUAACCAAGCAGAUUAUUUCCAUGCUGCUUAUGAGGCAGUUUCCUUCAAUUGGUUUUGAAUUCGUGGAAAGUGGGUCUCUUGAGGAUCUUCUGGACACCAUUCGAGAGCAUAAAUCUAACGUAACUUCAAAAUGUGUUGUAUUUUCUGCCACCAUGAUUGAAGAGCGCUAUCACAUAGACUCCAUAAGUGACGGAGAUAACAAUUGGUCCGGAAUCACCAUUGAUAGUUCUGAAAUGGUCCAUAAAACAAAAAGCUCUGAAACUAUUACAGCAAAAAAUGCAAUUGAAGUAUUACUUAAGUCACCAAUGUUGUCUGACUUGAGCAAGUGGUCUCAUUGGGAUCUUAUGUUUGCUCCCUCCCUUGGCUCGCUAAUAUCAUGGUUGUUGAAUGACGUAAAUACCGAAGAAUUGUUGUGUUUGCUUACCAGAGAUGGAAAGGUGAUACGGAUAGAUCAUUCUGCAAACUUGCAAUCUUUCCUUAAUGCUGCAGUUCAAGGAUCCUCUUUCCAAACUGCAGUGUGUUUACUAUCUUUGAUCUCACUACAUGGAGGGAAAAGAAAAGUUCCAUUGUCACUUCUAAAACGCGACUCUUGUAGUGCAUUUGAAGUCUUGUUCAGAAACUAUGUGGAAGAUAUUGAAGUUGGUGAUGAUAAAAAUGCUUUCCAGUCUGACGAAGCUUUAUGUAAAACAAAAAUAUUAACUGAAAUUUCAACUACUAAAAUGAGUGGUGAGUUUGGCAAACACUUACUUAAAGUGAAUAAGGUAGUAUCAAUUAUGUCAAAGUUUGUCCUUGAUUGUCUUGGUUAUCUGCCUGCCGAAUUUCAUAGCUUUGCUGCUGACGUGUUGCUCUCUGGGAUGCGAUCUGUUUUCAAGGAUGCUGCUGCAGCUAUUUUAUGUGAAUGCAGCAACAUGGAGCAGCAUCUCAUGCUUCAUGAAAUAGGGUUGUCUCUGGGUAUUACUGAGUGGAUUAAUGAUUACCAUGAAUUUAUUUCAAACAACACAUUUGAUCAGUUUUGUGCUCAUGUUUCAUGCUUAAAAGAUGGCAAAACUAAAAUAAGCACAGGACUGAAGCAUGACCAAGAAUUCUUGGAUAAGUCUCUCGUGCCUGAAGUAGAUAUGGUUACAUCACUCGUGCCAUGUGGGCUCAAUGAAAGGUGUACUGAAAUUAGGCAAACAGUUGAUGCAGAAAAGUCUAUUGACAAAUCUAUGACUAGCCACAUAGAAGAUUCACUUCAAAGUGGCAAAGAUAUUGAUUCUACUUUGGUUAUUGAAUCUAUUAGGCAGGAUGAAUUUGGCCUAGAUCCUAGCCUUUCUGAUUCUGACAGUUGCAUGUUGAAGAAGCAACAUGCUAGGUUAGGGAGAGCAUUGCAUUGUCUUUCACAAGAGCUUUAUUCUCAAGAUUCACAUUUUAUCCUUGAAUUGGUUCAAAAUGCAGAUGAUAAUAAUUAUCCCGAAAGUGUGGAGCCAACUCUUGCUUUCAUUCUUCAAGAUUCUGGUAUUGCUGUACUGAAUAAUGAACAAGGAUUCUCUGCUCAAAAUAUGAGAGCACUUUGUGAUGUUGGAAAUUCAACGAAGAAGGGGUCCAGUACUGGAUACAUAGGGAAGAAAGGCAUUGGCUUCAAGUCUGUUUUCCGAGUCACAGAUGCUCCUGAGAUUCAUUCCAAUGGUUUUCAUGUUAAAUUUGAUAUUAGUGAAGGCCAGAUUGGUUUUGUUUUGCCCACAUUAGUUCCUCCUUGUGAUAUUGAGCUGCUCAGGAAGAUGGCAUUUACUGGCACUGAUUCAUACUGUGAUAAUCCCUGGAAUACAUGCAUUCUACUUCCAUUCAGAUCUCAUCUAUCAGAAGGAACUGUCAUAAAUAAUAUUAUGGCCAUGUUUUCAGAUCUUCAUCCUUCAUUGUUACUAUUCCUUCACCGACUUCAAUGUAUCAAGUUGAGAAACUUGCUUAAUGAUACACUUAUUGUUAUGAAAAAAGAAAUUUCAGAAGACGGUAUCAUCAAGGUUUCUCAUGGGCAAGAGAAAAUGUCAUGGUUUGUAGUAUCUCAGAAGUUGCAGACAAAUUCCAUUCGCUUUGACGUGCAAACAACUGAAAUAUCUAUGGCGUUUACACUGCAGGAAUCAGAUGAAGGUUACAGUCCCUGUUUAAACCAGCAGCCAGUUUUUGCUUUCCUUCCUUUGAGAACAUAUGGCCUGAAAUUUAUUCUUCAAGGUGAUUUUGUUCUUCCCUCAUCCAGAGAGGAAGUUGAUGGAGAUAGCCCAUGGAACCAAUGGUUGUUGUCAGAGUAUCCUAAUUUGUUUGUCAGAGCAGUGAGGGAGUUUUGCGAGCUUCCCUGCUUUAGGAGUGAGCCUGGAAAGGGAUUGUCUGCUUUCUUGAGCUUCAUUCCUUUAGUUGGAGAGGUGCAUGGUUUUUUCUCCACUCUCCCUCGUUUGAUUAUUUCAAAGUUACGCAUGAUGAAUUGCUUACUUGUUGAGGGUGACAACAAUGGAUGGGCCCCUCCAUGCAAGGUAUUGAGAGGUUGGACUGAGCAGGUCCGCUGUCUUCUUCCUGAUAAUGUACUUUUUGAACACCUAGGGCUCAGAUACUUGGAUAGAAAUGUAUUAUUAUCUGAUACCUUAGCAAGGGCACUAGGUGUUGAGGAGUUUGGGCCUUUAGUACUUGUUCGAGUAAUGUCAUCUUUGUGUUACACAAAGAAUGGGCUGAUAUCAAUGAAUAUGAGUUGGUUGGCGUCUUGUCUAAAUACACUCUAUGUAUUGAUGUUUGAUUCAUCUGGCACAAUGUCAAUCAAUUUUGAAGUAAAAGAUGAUAUUCUAAAACGCCUUAAAAAAACACCGUUCAUUCCACUUUCAGAUGGUACAUACAGUUCCGUGGAUGAAGGAACUAUAUGGUUGCAGUCCAAUACUUUGAACACAGGAUUUGACGGUGAGCAUAAAAUGGAAGCUUUCCCUAAUAUAUGUGCUAGACUACGGACUGUAAAUCCUUCCCUUCUUUUCGCAGCUUCUGGUACUUCAAGCUUGAAUGUGACUAGUUUGGACAAUGUUACUCGGUUACUUGAGACUAUUGGUGUUCAACAAUUGUCUGCUCAUGAUGUUGUGAAGUUGCAUAUUUUACCUGUGUUAUCUGAUGAAACAAUGGCAAGCAAGAACAAAACAUUGAUGAUUGAAUAUAUAUGUUUUAUAAUGCUGCACCUUAAAUCUACUUGUUCUGAUUGUUUCAUUGAAAGGCAGCAUAUCAUCUCAGAGUUGCAAAGUAAAUCUUUAUUAUUGACAGAUUGUGGUUUUAAAUGUCCCGCUGAGGUGCCAAUUCAUUUCUCUACUGAAUUUGGGAAUCCUGUCACUGCAAAAAAGUUGGCUGAUGCUGUGAAUAUGAGGUGGCACGAAGUCGACAUAAGCUAUUUAAAGCACCCAGUAAAUGAGUCAGUUUCAUCUUCACUAGUUAAGUGGAGGGAAUUUUUUGAGGAAAUUGGGAUCACUGAUUUUGCUCAAAUAGUUCAGGUGGAGAAGAGUGUUGUUAACAUAUGUGAUGCCACUUUUAAGCAGGCGAUGUGGGAUAGGGGCCUAAUAUCCGCUGAAUCAAUAGUCAAAGAUUGGGAAUCCCCAGAAGUAGUGCAAUUAGUAUCGUUAUUGUCUAACAGUGGCAAUCAAGAAAAUUGUAAGUACCUCUUGGAGGUUCUUGAUACAUUAUGGGAUGCUUGCUAUGGUGAUAAAGCUAGAGGUUAUUUUGUCUCUAAAUCUGUUGGAGAUGGCCACCCCUUUAAGUCUACUUUUAUAUCUAACUUGUGUGAUAUUCAAUGGGUGGUAUCAACCAUGGAUGAUGAACUACACUAUCCUAAAGAUUUAUUUUAUGAUUGUGAAGCAGUCCGGCUGAUCCUUGGAGCUUUUGCUCCAUAUGCUGUUCCAAAGGUGAAAAGUGAAAGAUUGGUGAACGAUCUUGGGUUAAAGACUAGAGUUACUCUUGGUGACAUUUUGAAUAUUUUUGAAGCCUGGAGAAAAUCAUCCAAGACUUCAUUCAAAGCCAGCAUAAGCCAAAUGUCUAAAUUUUACACAUUCAUUUGGAAGGAAAUGGCAGCUCCAAAGCAGAAAACCCUGCAAGAUUUGAUGGCUGGGCCUUUUAUAUUUGUCCCUAACUCAGCUAUUCAUAGUCAUGAUGAUGAUGUUUUUGGGACGUUGGUGCGUCCCAAUGAAGUCUAUUGGAAUGAUCCAACUGGUUCUGUUCAGAAGAUGGAGGAGUUUGAUACUCAACGCAGCUCAUCCCACUCUGCAAUUAACAAGUCACUGUGCAAUAUUUACCCUGGCCUUCGUGGUUUCUUUGUUGACGAGUGUGGAGUCCAAGAGGCACCUCCUCUACGCAGCUAUAUUCAAAUUUUGCUACAGUUAUCAACCGUCACUUUGCCUUCACAAGCAGCAGAUAAAAUUUUCCAAGUUUUCCUCGUGUGGGCAGAUGGACUAAAAUCUGGUUUGUUGAAUGUUGAGGAUGUUGUAUAUCUGAAAGACUGUCUUUCAAAAUUAGAGUUUCCAGUGCUUCCCACUGUUCAAGAUAAGUGGGUUUCAUUACAUCCUUCCUUUGGUCUUAUCUGCUGGUGUGAUGAUAAGGAAUUGAAAAAAGAAUUUAAGCAUUCAGAUAACCUUGACUUUCUUUAUUUUGGUGAAGUAACAGAGGACAAUAAAGAAAAGGUGCUAAAAAAAAUUUCUUUCCUUAUGAAAAAUUUAGGUAUUCCAGCUAUCUCGGAGGUGGUGACUCGUGAGGCAAUAUAUUAUGGUCUAUCUGAUUGUAGCUUUAAAGAGUCAUUGAUCAAUAUUACUCUUCCAUAUGCUCAGCGCUACAUUUAUAAAUCUCAUCAUGAUAAAUAUAUUCAACUCAAGCAAUCUGGUUUUGGUAUUUUGAAUGAUCUUAAAGUCAUAGUUGUUGAGAAGCUGUUCUACAGGAAUGCUAUAAAAGGCUGUGGCAGUGUUUCAAACAAACGGGUUGAAUGUAGUUGUCUUCUACAGGGAAACAUUUUGUACACCAUUCAAGAAGCAGACCAUCUUUCCUUGUUUAUGGAGCUUUCCACUUUAUUACUUGAUGGGAUUGAUGGGGAUUAUAAAAUUCACAUGGCAAAUUUCCUUCACACAAUAACAAACAGUUCAGAAUCCGAGUCCCGUGAGAAAAUGUUGAAUAGCCAAAAGGUGCCAAAGCUUCCUGAUGAAGAACCUGUUUGGGCACUAUCUACUGUGUCUCCAAUGUUAGAGGAUGAAAUAUCACUCCCUUCAGAUUAUGUUUCAUCAUCGAAUGAACAGACAUUACCAUUGCCAAAAAGAAAGGGCGGAAUGUCCUCAAACUGGCCACCUGCUGGUUGGAAAAAUGCACCAGAUUUCAAUUAUGCCCGUGCCAAUGGAUUCAAGACCCAACCUGCCUUGAUUAGUAGUAGCGUUUCUGAAGUGAAAAAUGAUGAUAAUUUUGAACGCAUUAGUGCUCCAACCGUUUGUUAUGAACAAGGAUCAGUUUCUGUUGACCGGAAUGUCAUAGAUGAUCUACAAACAAAUUCGGCGUCCUUAGCAUUGCAUGAAACUGAAAACUUCAAAAAUCAAUCCUACCAUGAUAUUGAGCCGACUAGUUUUCACCAUAUUGAAUUUGAUCCUGCUAGUUUGGGUGAUGAUAUGGAUGAAUCUCGAGUUAAAGCUCACUCGGGUUCUGCAGCUUUUAGCACACCAGCUUUUAGCAUGAAAGACCGGCUUCAAACUGGUACAUUUGACGCAGCACAAGCAAUUGCAACCGGCAGAUUAGGCGAGUUACUUGCAUACAAAUACUUCACCGGUAAAGAUGGCAACACUACUGUAAGUUGGGUUAAUGAAGUUAAUGAAACAGGACUUCCGUUUGAUUUAAUCAUUGGAGGAGGUGCCAAUAAAGAGUAUAUCGAAGUUAAAGCAACUAGGUCUCCAAGAAAAGACUGGUUCCACAUCUCAACGAGAGAAUGGCAGUUUGCAGUUGAGAAAGGAGAAUCUUUUAGCAUUGCAUUUGUUGCAAUAACAGGAGAUAACAAUGCACAGGUUGCGGUAUUCAAAGAUCCAGUAAGGUUAUGUCAACAAGGUGGACUGCAACUGGUUGUUAUGAUGUCAAAACAACAGAGACAGUAA